GUGAUGUAACUAACUCAAACUACUUAGCACUAUAGCAGUAUCAAUAACUAUAAGAGUGUAUGGAUGAAAUCUAAGUGUGACUGUGUGAGAGUGAAAGAAACUUCAUGUGCUGAAAAGUCAGAAUCAUUCUUACCUCUUCCAAAUGAUGAUCGGAUAGAUUAAUAAAAUGGAUAAAAUAAAACAGUUGAUUUGUUUGACCGUUGAAAGUGAAGAAGGAAAAGAAAAAAACAUAUAUAUAGAGCGGUGAUGUCUGGAUAAGAGUUGAAUGAAGUGUGCAGAAAGAGAAAGUAGUUUUGCUGCAUCUCCAUCUCAAUAUGGAGAGUGAAGCUGUGAAUCUGAAGCUGUAUUCACACUGGAUGAGCUCCUGCUCCUUCCGAGUUCGAAUCGCUCUCAACCUCAAAGGCUUAAAAUACCACUAUGUAGUUGUCACCGCCUCCUCCAAAUCUGACCCCGAGUUCCUCAAGUUGAAUCCUCUUGCUUUAAUUCCCGUUCUGGUGGAUGGCGAUUUUGUUCUUGCUGAAUCCUUAGCCAUUAUUAUGUAUUUGGACGAUAAGUAUCCUCAAUACCCUUUGCUGCCUCAUGACAUUCCCAAAAGAGCACUCAAUUUUCAGGUUGCACAUAUUGUUGCCUCAUCCAUACAGCCUUUUCAAAACAUGGGGUUCUUGAAUAACUUCAUCGAGAAAAAGGUUGGCCCUCAUGAAAAACUUCCUUGGGCACAAAGUGUCAUUAGAAAGGGCUUCACAGGUGACACUUCACUGAAUACCAUUAAGAUAUAUUCUGCACUUGAAAAGCUACUGAAAGAUCACGCAGGGAGAUAUGCCACUGGAGAUGAAAUUUUCCUGGCAGAUUUGUUUUUAGCACCUCAACUGUAUUCAGCAUAUAAGAGGUUCAACAUUUCCAUGAAUGAGUUCCCUAUUCUAUCAAGAUUACAUGAGGCAUACAAUGGCUUUGACGACUCCUUAAAAUGUAAAGGCUUGACUCGAGUCUUGAGCAAGUUACCGUCAACGUUGGGAAUCCAGUGAGAUAUGCUCAAUGUCGUUGAAAAUCAACCAUGUGGUUGAAUAUUAUUGGCCAAAGAUUUGCGCUGAAACGUUCAAAGACAAAGACAGAACACACUUUUUCUCUCCUAUGCAUAGAGAAUAACUUCCUACAAAGGAUAUAUAAAUUUAGCCCUUUUCUAAUUCAAUAUGAAUGUGAGAUAGUACCAAGUCGGUGAUAGUACUUAAGUCUUAUUGGCUAGUGUUUAUUGUUUUUCAUUUAAAUGUUUCAGAUUUCAAUAAUGAAUAAAUAAAAAACAUGAAGUGGAACUUAUUAUAGUUGACUGACUUUUGGAAUAGACAAGUGAGGAAGGGUGUCAAAGUAGA